CGCCGCCGGGCUCCGCGCGUCACUUCCGCCCGCGCCGGCCUCCCGCGCCUGCGCACUGCCGCUCUCUCUCCCUCUCCGUGUCGGCGCCGGCGGAAGAUGGCCAAGCGUACCAAGAAGGUCGGGAUCGUCGGUAAAUAUGGGACCCGUUAUGGUGCAUCCCUUAGGAAAAUGGUGAAGAAGAUUGAAAUCAGCCAGCAUGCCAAGUAUACCUGCUCCUUCUGCGGCAAGACCAAAAUGAAGAGGAAGGCUGUGGGUAUCUGGCACUGUGGAUCCUGCAUGAAGACAGUUGCUGGUGGUGCCUGGACUUACAAUACCACCUCUGCAGUGACAGUCAAAUCUGCCAUCAGAAGACUGAAGGAACUGAAAGACCAGUAGAAGCUACUUCCUGUUCUCCUUGUGAAACAUCCUUUUUUCUGCACUGUCAAGAUCUGUCCUUUUAUCAAUAAAAGGGUGAUGAUGGCGUGGAA